UUCCGAGACGCUGCUUAGUUUUGCAUCAGAGGAAGGUAUUAUCACGCAGGAAUGCCUAAACAAUUGAAACUUGUAAGGGCCAAAAACAUAUAUGUUAUAGAAAAGCUUGAACUAUUCAAACUUUCGUUCUAUCUAAUCCCGUAAUAUUUAAUAUUUUUUCCACGUGACUGCUGGUGUUCCUGUGCAUAUUGGAGAUUAUUCUUCAAUUGUCAAUCUACCAGAAGAGAGAGACGACUUUUUUUAAAGUGUCUUGGAGAAGGUCAUGAAGAACAAGAAGCGCAAGGCUUGGGGAAAGCCGAGAGCGAGCGAAGACAUGACGGCCGCCAGAGAUCUCCAAGAAAAUCAAGCAACUGAUCACAAGCGCCGUCUCGGCAAGCAGUGGUCGAUCUUUCGGGUUCCGGAGCACAUUCGCGAGGUCGACGAGAAGGCCUACAACCCGCGGGUUGUCUCGGUCGGUCCUUUCCACCGGAACCGGCCGGAGCUGAGGGCGAUGGAACCUCAGAAGCUGAGGCUGUACAGGAGACUCAUGAAGCGGAUCGGCGACGAGGACCGUGAGGUGGGUCUCCAGAUUGCGAUCAAGAAGUUGGAAGGCAGGGCGAGGAGUUGUUACUCGGAGGAGUUUGCCAACAUCAGCAGCGAGGAGUUCGUCCAGAUGAUGGUUCUCGAUGGUUGCUUCAUCGUCGAGCUCAUGCGGUUGUAUCACAAGAGCAAUGAGCUCGGCGAACAUGUGGAAGAACCGAUAUUCGCGACGAGAUGGAUGCUUCCCAACAUCACUAGAGAUCUGCUAAUGCUUGAGAACCAGUUGCCCUUGUUCGUGCUGAAAGAAAUCUACAGGCUGACCAACUUCUGCGAGGAAGAAAUCCCGCUGAACAAGCUCGCGCUCCUGUUCUUCGAGCCUCUAGGACCCCAAAAGGGCGAAUACUCCGAGAUUAAGUUGCAAGACCAAGGGACGCAUCAUCAUCUCCUCUCUCUAUUUCACUCCAGUUUCGUCCCGAGCGAUUACCGACCUCGAAGGUCCCGAAGGGUGAGAUGGAACAGACACGAAAACUUUCCGGGGAAGUUUUGGCUGGAAGAAGUAAGGAUACUGCGGAGAUCCGGCAUUAAGUUCAAGAGAAACCCUGGCAACCUCCUCAACAUAGAAUUUGAGAACAGGGAGCUUCGGAUCCCGACCCUAUUCGUCGAUGACUGCACGGGGCCUCUGCUUCGGAACUUGCUGGCUUACGAGCAGUGCGAUGCCUUGGCGGCGCCAUAUUUCACUUGCUAUGCGAUCUUCCUCAACAGCAUCAUCGACGUGCCAGAAGACAUCGAGAUCCUCCAAGAAGCGGGGAUCAUAGUACAGUCCGAGGCCGUGGACGAGGAAGUGGUGAACCUUGUUAAUAGCCUCACCAAGGAGCUCGUGUUCGAUUUGCACGACAUGAACGACUGCUACAUAGCGCAGCAAAUCGAAGAUAUCAACGCCUUCUGCAGAUCUUGGAAGAGUAGAUGCAUCUAUCAGCUCUCACGCAUCGAUUUCGUCAGCUUAGCGUUGUCAUUCCUCCCGUCGUUCAAGUAAUUGCAUGCGCGUUUAUUUCUGAGUCCUCACUUCACGCAACACAAAUCACUUACAUGCUUGUUCCAGAGACUAAUUCUUUGUACUAAUUCAGUACUCUUGCACUAAUUGGUAAGGAGACAUUUUUGAAGCACAUCAUGUUUGAGAGAUUACUCAAAUUUGGCCAC